AAUCCAGCUACCAGAAAAGGAGGACGAAGGAGGACGAAGGAGGAAAGAACGAAGAAAGCAGUCGCCGAAGAGGUCACUUCAGUCAGCAGACUCGGAGGUCAAAACACCCGGCCCGUUCACGCACAUCUGUAUUUCUUCUCUUCCUCUCUUCCUCACACUCUCUCCCAACUUCAUCCACAAUCGUUCAGGUGUGUCCACACUCGAUCAAUUGCUUCAUUCUUUGUCCUCUGUGACGCUUCAAUUCUUCAGCCCUAGACAGCAGCCUCAGUUCGUCUUGGUCCCGUAAAGUCGAUUGAGAAAGAUGUUGUUCUUCAAGACCGGUGCCAUCGUCGUCGGUGUUGUGGCUCUUGCUGCAGCUCAGCAUAUCGGCGCUCGCAAAGUCCAUGUCGAUCUCAUUCCGGCAAACGCCACGUCAAUCGUCUAUGAGACGCAGUUGAGCACCAUCUUCAGCUGUGCUCCGCAUGUUCCCAACUGUCCUCACGAUUCAACUAUUGUGGUGACUUCAAUCAUUCCGAUUGCAACUACCAUUUGCCCUGUCACCUUGACUUCGACCUGGGUUGAGUCUUCUUUGGCUUCUCCUCCUGCACCAAGCAGCUACGGCCCUCCACCACCUGCUCCCAGCAGUUAUGGUCCUCCUCCUCCACCUGCUCCCAGCAGUUAUGGUCUCCCUCCACCACCUGCUCCGAGCAGUUAUGGACCCCCUCCACCACCUCCAAGCAGCUAUGGCCCGCCACCACCAAUCAGCUACGCGCCCCCAAGCUCUUCUGCUUCUUCUGCUUUGUUGCCCACCGAAUACUCGACCUCUUCCAUUGUGGUCACUCGCCCGGGACCUCCAUCAAGCUACGGUACUCCAGUUCCUUCGGACAUCGUGACUCUUACUUUGAGCACUGCCAGCCCACCCCUGUCUUCUCCGAUCAGCGAAGAGCCUGGAUACCCUUCUCCUCCACCAUAUGUCCCUCCUUACAUCCUGACUAGCGAGAGCCAUUCUGACAGGCCUGUGUCCAUGAGCACCACCGAGGUUAGCAUCGUCACUUUGCCCACCUUCGCUCCGAGCAUCUCUCCGAAUACUACCUUAUCGGUGCCAACUCAGGCGAACGGUACUUCCACCGCGACUCCAACUCCCCCACCAGUCUUCGAAGGCGCUGCUUCUCUCGACAAGGUGGUCAAUCUCGGACUGUUCGCGGCCACACUCUUCAUUGCUUUCGUCAUCUGAUCUGGCUGAAGAAGUACCAUCCGCCAAGGCGGUCAUCUCGAACGUAAUUAUGCUCUUCAUGUUUACGAUGUGGUAUCUUCUCACUUUUUCUGUUGUCUUUGGGGAGCAUCUGAUACGUAGCUCUACUUGCUUUGUAACAUUAGCUCUGCAGCUAGAUAUGUGCGCGUCUAUAAAGACACUAAUGAAUCCCAAUUGAGUUUGCAACACUCUGCCUUUGCGUGUCAAUCAUGCAUACCAAGGGAGAUGCUCGAGCGAUA